GUCUUACUUGCAUCCUGCAAAAGACUGGAUGCUGGAUGGAUGACGGCGCGAAGAACUUCUUGAAUGAAUACCACAGAACUCACGCAGAAGUUCACUACUCCCCUAAAUAAAGUACCUAGGUACCUAUGGUUUUCAACUGUUUGCGCAUCCCUUACUCCCACUUCACGUAGUUAUAUACUUCCGUAGGUCUCGAGGUCUCGAUCUCGAAAUACCACAGUCCUAUUUUCAUUUCUCCGAGCCACAGAUAAUAUACUGCCUCACUUGUUCAGAUUCACUGCCUUGGCAUCUUUUAGUUCCCGUAUCCAUCAAUAUGACUUCUGCUGACCAGGUUAUCUCGAAACUUAAUGACAUCGGCACUGGAUCGUUCAAUUCUGAAUCGGAGCGCCUUCGACUUUGCGACGCGCUCCUGGCUGCGCUCCGGAGAGUUCAAUCACCCUGGGAUAUUGCAUGGUCUCACGGCUGGGUUGAUCUCAUCACCAUUUCUGUCAUCAAAACAUUGAUUGAUGCCGGUAUAUUCACGAAGUGGGCGGAGCAAGGAAACAGGCCCUUGAGGACAAAUGAGUUCGCUGAGCUAACAGGCGUAGACGCUGUUCUGUUGAACCGCCUUUUAAGGCACAUUGCCGCACAACAUCUCAUUACCCAGAUUGGUGAGAAUACAUAUUCAUCCACACCUUGGGCAUUGAGCCUGGGAACGGAUCCGGCGAUGCCGUCUAUCUAUGGGACAUUGUAUCAUGAGUUAAUGGCUCCACUAACUCUUUCACUACCAACGUUCUUGAAAGAAACAGGCUUCAAGAAUCCCACAGACAUGCAAAAUAGCAAUUUCCAUCGUGUUCAUGGCAAAGGCACCACAUUGUUCGAGUAUAUAGCAUCUUCCCCUGUCCGGAAUAAGGAGUUUGCAGAUGCGAUGGAUUGCCACGCGCGAGGACACAUUUCUCCGUGGCCAGAAGUAUACGAUACAACCCAGAUCAUCACGGGUGCCAGACUUGACCGUCCGAUUGUCGUGGAUGUCGGUGGCAGCAAAGGCCACGACCUCGAAAAGUUUCUCCAAAGGCACCCUGGUAUCCCCAAAGGUAGUCUUGUCCUGCAGGAUCUACCAGAGGUGCUCAGCGGUUUGACAGUCCAUCCUGCCAUUUCCGUAUGCCCACACGACUUUUUCGCUCCCCAGCCUAUCAAAGGCGCUCGGUCAUAUUAUUUUCACUUGAUACUCCAUGACUGGCCGGACGACAGAGCGGUCGAGAUCUUGAGAAACAUCGCCGAUGUAAUGGAGCCAGGUUACUCUAAGAUUCUAAUUCAUGAGGACGUCGUCAGUGAUCGCGACACUUCCAUACAGGCUACCAUCGCAGAUAUCACAAUGAUGACAUUUCUUUCAACAGCUGAAAGAACUGACAAAGACUGGGCCACGCUGAUCAAUGGCGUUGAGGGGCUACGGAUCGCUAAGAUUUGGCACAAACCACACACAGUUGGAGGCAUCAUAGAAGUGGAACGAGUCUGAUCGGUUCACCAAAUUAAUAAAAAAUCAAGAAAGUAGUCUUCUACAAUGGCGAUUUAUAAUAUUGUCAAAGAUUAGAACUAAGGAGAACUUUUUAAUCUUGGUUGCAUUGUUUUAUGAGAUCUAAUUCAAUUCUUGUACAUAAAAUUAUGGCCACACUGAACAUCACACCAUCAG